AUGUCCCAAGACUCCCAAGAUCCUUCGGACCUUCAGAAAAUUCUGGCUCCAGUCUUCGCUGGCUUCAAUCGUACCACUGAAGCAGCCGAUGCUGAUGGAUCAAUGAGCUUCAUGCAUCCACAGGGAGUCAUCGUCCAAAAGGAUACCACUUCGACUUUUGGGAAGGAAGCGCUCCAACGAGAAGUACAGCGGAGGCGGGGAUUGGAUUGUGGUCGAGGCAAAGAUGGAGCUCGAGAAAGUUGA